GACCUAUAUAAAAAUAUCUCCUUAUGUAUAAAUGAGGGUCGGUUUGAAAUUAAAUAUAUCAACCAACAUCUAUCUGUUCUCAUUAAUUGAUCAUAUAAUGGCUGAAAUUUAUUACUAAUUUUUUAAACCUCAACAAACAACUUAUUUCUAAAUUUCCUUCGAGAAUUCCAAACAUGACUUCUGCUCACAAAGAAUGUGUGGUUUUUGUGGUCAUCCUUUCAAAUACUAUCAGUUUUCAGAAUAUAUUAGUUCUUUGAUCCCUCUUUCUCUUCAUUUCAAAUCCUUACAAGUUCUUUUUGCAUGUGAUAUCUUAAACCCUCUUUCUCUUCAUUCAAUCAUCAUCUUAUUUUUCAGUCAAAAAUUCUCAUCACAUUUCCCAAAUCAUACAUUUCUAAUUUCACCAUUUCACACUUUUUGCUCUCUAUAACAACUCUUCCUCAAACAUACUCUUUCCAUUUUACCCUCAAAAUUCUCUUCUCUUUUUGUAUUUUUCCUCUAUACAAUUAAUGUCAAAUACUUAACUUUUUAUAACCAAAUCUAUCAUCUUUUAAUACCCUUUUGAAUAAAGUUUCAAACUUUAUCAAUCAAACAUAAAAAUAUUGUAUUUAAGCCAAAAGGGUCUGUUUGAAAAUUCACAAAAAAUUAAGCUAUGGAGAUAGAACCAAGUUAUAAUAAUAAUAAAUCAACAACAUUAGGAAAUGAAACAUUAGCUACAAAUUUACCAUCAUUGAGUCCAUUGAGUGAAACCCUUUGGAGAGAAAAAACAAAAACAGAGUUCAUUGGUGAUGUAUCAGCAAGAUUAACAUGGGAAGAUUUAACUGUUAGGGUAACAUUAAGCAAUGGUGAAACACAAUAUGUUUUGGAGAAAUUAACUGGUUAUGCUGAACCAGGUUAUUUUACUGCUCUUAUGGGACCUUCUGGUUCUGGAAAAUCAACACUUCUUGAUGCACUUUCUAGUCGUUUAGCUUCUAAUGCUUUUCUAACUGGUACUGUUUAUCUUAAUGGUCGCAAAGAAAAGUUAUCUUUUGGAACUGCUGCUUAUGUAACACAAGAUGACAACUUAAUUGGAACAUUAACAGUAAGAGAAACAAUUUGGUAUUCAGCUAGAUUAAGAUUACCAGAUAAAAUGUCAAGAUCAGAUAAAAGAGCUUUAGUUGAAAGCACAAUUGUUGCAAUGGGACUUCAAGAUUGUGCUGACACAGUUAUUGGUAAUUGGCAUUUACGUGGUAUAAGUGGUGGUGAAAAAAGAAGAGUUAGUAUUGCAUUGGAAAUAUUAAUGAGACCUAGAUUGCUUUUUCUUGAUGAACCAACUAGUGGACUUGACAGUGCAUCAGCUUUCUUUGUGACACAAACACUACGUGCAUUGGCAAGGGAUGGAAGAACAGUGAUAGCUUCAAUUCAUCAACCUAGCAGUGAAGUGUUUGAACUAUUUGACCAAUUGUACUUGCUUUCUGGUGGCAAAACUGUUUAUUUUGGCCAAGCUUCAGAUGCAUAUGAGUUCUUUGCACAAGCUGGAUUUCCAUGCCCUGCUCUGAGGAACCCCUCUGAUCAUUUCCUUAGAUGCAUCAACUCUGACUUUGAUAAAGUCAAAGCCACUCUUAAAGGGUCCAUGAAAUUAAGGUUUGAAGGAAGUGAUGAUCCUCUCGACAAGAUCACCACUUCUGAAGCUAUCAGAACACUUGUAGAUUUCUACCGCACUUCUCAACACGCUUACGCUGCAAGACAAAAAGUUGACGAGAUGUCCAAAGUUAGAGGGACAGUGCUUGAAGCAGGAGGAAGUGAAGCUAGUUUCUUGAUGCAAUGUUACAUAUUAACCAAACGUUCAUUCAUUAACAUGUCAAGGGACUUUGGUUACUAUUGGCUUAGGCUUGUAAUCUACAUUGUUGUCACUAUAUGCAUUGGAACAAUUUACUUGAAUGUUGGGACUGGCUAUAACUCAAUUCUGGCUAGAGGUUCAUGUGCAUCUUUUGUUUUUGGUUUUGUCACCUUCAUGUCAAUUGGUGGAUUUCCUUCAUUUGUUGAAGAUAUGAAGGUUUUCCAAAGGGAGAGGCUAAAUGGACACUAUGGUGUGACUGCAUUUGUUAUAAGCAACACAUUAUCAGCAACACCAUUUCUGAUAUUAAUCACUUUUCUGUCUGGAACAAUUUGUUACUUCAUGGUUCAACUACACCCUGGCUUUUCACAUUAUGUUUUCUUUGUGCUUUGCCUUUAUGCAAGUGUCACUGUUGUUGAAAGCUUAAUGAUGGCAAUUGCUAGUAUUGUUCCUAACUUCCUCAUGGGAAUUAUCAUUGGAGCAGGAAUUCAAGGAAUAUUCAUGUUGGUCUCUGGCUACUUUAGGCUCCCACAUGAUAUCCCAAAACCUGUUUGGCGCUAUCCAAUGUCAUACAUCAGUUUCCACUUUUGGGCUUUACAGGGUCAAUACCAAAACGAUCUAAAGGGUUUGGUAUUCGACAACCAAACACCAGAUCUACCUAAGAUACCAGGCGAAUACAUCUUGGAGAACGUGUUCCAAAUCACUGUGAGCAGAUCAAAAUGGAUAGAUUUAAUCGUGAUCUUAAGCAUGAUCGUCAUAUACCGCAUUAUUUUCUUCAUCAUGAUCAAAAUCAAUGAGGAUGUUACUCCUUGGGUUAGAGGCAAGCUUGCUAAAAGAAGAAUGCAAAAAAAAAAUGGAGGUCAGAAUACAACUAUUGCACCUGAUGUUCUCACUCAAUCUCCAUCUUUGAGAACUUAUAUUUCCAAUCAAAAGUAGGAAUUAGUCCACUUUUGAUAAUAUUUGACUUUAAUAUAUCAUGUGAAUUUUUUGUCUAUCUCUUUUGGUAAAGAAUAUUAAAUUGCUAGUGAAAAGAGAUAGAUAUGAAAAUUUCACAUGUUAAAUUUCUAUACAUAUGUGGUGAUACAUUUACUUAAAAUUGGGAUUUCAAAGACAAAGUUAUGUCCUCUAAGUUUGAAUGAAGACUUAAGUAUAUAUUUUUAAAUAGGAUUAGCAAUAUGAUAUAUGAAAUUUGGGGUGUUUAUUAUCA